AUGGCUACCCCUAGUGUCCUCGCUUUUGACGCUGAGGGUCGGGCCAUUGACUUUGACGUCUGGGUAGAUGACCUGCAGCUUUUCCUACAGUGCGAUAGGGUAGAUGGUCUCUCCCUCUUUGACCUCACCUCUGGUGCCUCUCCUGCCCCUUCUGCUAAUGCUGACGCCACUGUUCGCUCACAGUGGGCCACACGCGAUGCUGCUGCACGUCUUGCUGUGCGUCACCACCUGCCUACCUCUGAGCGUGCGCACUUUAGCCAGUACAAGAGUGCUCAGACCUUGUACGACACUGUAGUUGCACGCUACUCCUCCCCUGCCACUGCUGCACUGAGCCGCCUCAUGCUACCGUACCUCUUCCCUGGCCUUGCUGCCUUUCCCACAGUCGCUGACCUCAUUAUGCACCUCCGCACUAGUGACACUCGCUACCGCGCUGCGCUUCUUGCUGAGGACAACUUCCUCUCAGUUUGCCCCACCACUCUCACCGUUGACCUCCUCGAGAAGGGCCUCCUAGCAGUAGAGAAGAGCAUAGUAGCUGUAGGAGCCUCUCGUGGUGACCCUCGCAUCCCCAUCUUUGAGGGGUGUUCCCCCUCCCCCCUUUUGCCCUCUGUUGCCUCUGCUGCUGCGGCCGACCUCGUUGGGCUUGAGUCGGUCGCUGUCUUUGACCUUGACUUUGAUGCUCUUCUUGCUGCCAUGUAUGCUGUGACUAUUAGUGAUGAGGGUGACUGUUACCGGUGUUUUCCGCCCGACCCGGGCAUUGAGACUGCUGCUCUAGGUACUGGUGAGGCUGCUGCUCUAGGUGCUAGCAAGGCUGCUGCUCUAGGUGCUCGUGCGUCUGCUCCCUCAGAUGCUGGUGAGUCUGCUCUCUCAGGUACUGCGUCGGCUUCGGCCUCCCACACCUUCACCCUUGACUUGGGGGCUUCUCGCUCCUUCUUUUGA